AUGCCAACUGACAUGGUUUUAACAAAACAAUAUGAUCGGCAUUGUCCCGAACGUGUGUUUGGCAUAAUUGGUAGUGGAAAUGGUGAUAUUUGUCUGUUACCUCAGAAAACAGGAUCUACUAUUAAGUCAAAAGGAAAUUCAAGACGAGUAUUAGUGGCUGCAUGUGAAAAUGUUCUUCUCUGGGAUCUUAAAACGCAAGCAAAUAUAAACACGUAUGCUGAGUUAAACACAUCAACCACAUCAAAAAAAGGAAGAGAAGAAGUAGUCACAGUCUCAUGUAGCACAAAUGGCAAACAUCUUGCUGUUGGCUAUCAAAAUGGUAUAUUGAAAUUAUUCGAUAUUGAUAAAAACAAUGAACCAGUUAUUACAUUUCACGGACAUAAAAGUUCAAUUAGUACAUUAGCAUUCACACAUGAUUCGUCAACAUUAGUGUCAGGUGGAAAGGACACCGAUAUUAUUGCAUGGGAUUUGAUUACUGAAUCAGGCCUGUACCGAUUGCGUGGUCAUAAAGCACCUAUUACAAAAAUUGUUAUCAUGCAAUUUAAACCAGUUUUAAUUUCAAGUUCAAAAGAUAUGACUAUUAAACUUUGGGAUAUGAGUAUUCAGCAUUGUUUUCAUACAAUCGUUUCUCAUCGAACAGAAAUUUGGAGUAUAGCAAUUGCUUAUGAUAAAUAUUUAAUUACUGGAUGUUCAGAUAAUGAAUUACGUUUUUUUGCUUUAAGAUCAAUAACAGAUGAAUCAAUCGCUGAAGAUGAUAUGAUGUUGCCUCCUAUUGGAUUAAAUGAUGAACAAUCGUCUACGAAUGAUCAGACACUUAUACAAGUUCAAUAUAUUGCUUCGAUUGUACGAAAAAGUAAACAACGUAUAGCUAACAUUAUUCUGGAUCGUGAUCAUCAUGUAUUAGCCUGCCAUGGAAUUGAACCAUUAGUUGAGCUUUUUCGUAUCAAUAGUGAAGAAGAAAUCAAAACAAAAUUACGAAAACGUUUAAAAAAAGAGCGAAAACGGUUAAGGGACAAUGACGAUGAUGAGGCUAAUGCUAAAAUUGAAUGGGACAUAAGUCUAAUAAUUAGUCCUUUAUGUGAAAUACGUUUUGACGGAAAAGUUCGAUCGAUUGAUUUAUAUAUGGAAAAUGAUGACAUUUGCAAGAUAGUUGCAUUGACAUACUCUAAUAAACUUGAUGUACGUUCAAUGAAUAUUAACGAUAAAUUACCAGUUAAUAUUGAACAAGUAUCUACUAUUGAAAAGCCUGGUCAUCGUACAGAAGUUCGAUGUUUGGCAUUUAGUUCAGAUGAUAUGUUAAUUGCAUCAGGAAGUUCUGAAUCAUUAAAAAUCUGGAAUAGAUACAGUUCUGAAUCUAUACGUACAAUCUCAUGUAAUUAUGCUUUAUGUUGCUUAUUUUUACCUGGUGAUCAUUUUGUUAUUAUUGGAUGUAAAAAUGGUUCACUAGAAUUAGCAUCACUGGAUUCAGCAUCAAUAGUUGAAACAGUUCAAGCUCACGAUAAAUCAAUAUGGUCAAUAUGUUUAACACCAGAUCGACGUGGCUUCAUCAGUGGUGGUAGUGAUAAAAAAAUUAAAUUCUGGGAUUUGGAAUUACGUGAUGAUCAGAGUGAGGAGAAUGGAAGUGUGAAGAGAAAACGAUUGUCAUUUCAGCAAAAACGUUUAUUUGAUGUUGGUGAAGAUGUAUUAGCAUUGAAAAUUUCACCAAACAAUCGUUAUUUGAUUGCUGCACUUAUGGAUACAACGGUGAAAGUAUUUUUCACAGAUACCUGUCAGAUGUUUUUAUCAUUAUAUGGUCAUAGCCAACCUGUUCUUUGUAUUGAUGUAUCAUUUGAUAAUAAAUUAGUUAUAACAGGCUCAAGUGAUCGUAAUGUAAAAAUAUGGGGUCUCGAUUUUGGUGAUUGUCAUCGUUCAAUAUUUGCUCAUGAUGAUAGUAUUGUGGCUAUUCAAUUUGUUCCAAAAACAUAUUUGUUUUUCACAGCUGGAAAAGAUGCAAAAUUAAAAUAUUGGGAUGCCGAUAAAUUUCUUCACAUUCAAACACUUGAAGGCCAUUGUGCUGAAAUACGUUGUAUGUCACUAACCAACAAUGGUCUUCAUAUCGUUACAGCCGGUCAUGACAAAUCAAUAAGAUUAUGGGAACGUACAGAAGAACCGUUAAUAUUAGAAGAAGAAAAAGAACAAGAACGUGAAGCAGAAUUUGAAAAUGAACUUGAAACUGAAGAAUUUGUAUUAGCUGGUGAAACAAAUAAAGAAAUUGGUUUAGCAACACUGAAAACAAUUGAGAGUUUAAAAGGAGCAGAAGGUCUUAUUGAAUCAGUGGAUAUUUGGCGAGAAGAAAAAUUGAAACAUGCUGAACAUGAGGCAGCUCAAAAAGCCAUUGGCAAAGAUUUGCCUCCCCCACCUAUGCACAUGUUACUUCAAGCUAUGGGAAAAAAUAUGACACCAGAACGAUAUGUACUUGAUACAUUAAAAAAAAUACCAUCGAGUGAUUUGGAAGCAGCUUUAUUACUAUUGCCAUUUGAUUAUGUUCAAAAGUUCUUGAUAUUAAUGAUUUCUUUUCUUGAUAAUAAUGUGUCGCUUGAAUUAUGUUUGAAAAGUACAAUAUUUCUCAUGAAAAUUCAUCACGGUCUAUUAACAUCGUCACAACAAUUUCUACCGAUUGUUGAACAAUUAAGAACAAAAUGUUCUAUGAUAAUUGAAAAUCUAAGAAAUAAUGUUGGUUUUAAUUUAGCUGGAUUAAAAUUUAUGAAACGUAAAAUAGAAGAACAAAACGAUGUGGUUUUAUUUGCCGAUGCGACACAACGUUUGUCAAAGAAACGAAAAAAAGCAAAAUCAUCCGCUAUUUUAACCAUUAAAGCUGCAUCAGCAUUAGUAUAA